AUGGCAACCACCACAGCCACCGCCGCGCUGAGCAUGAAGCUCCUCAUCGACCGGAAGGCGCAGCGGGUGCUGUUCGCCGAGGCCAGCAAGGAAGUCGUGGACUUCCUCUUCUCCCUCCUCGCCCUGCCCGUCGCCACGGCCGUCAAGCUCGUCGGCAAGGACGCCAUGGUCGGCUGCGUCGGCAACCUCUACGCCAGCGUCGACAAGCUCGACUCUACCUACGUGCAGGCCGGCGCCGCCAAGGACGCGCUCCUCAGCCCAACAGUGCUGUCGCCGGCAGCGGCCACCGACAGCUCCCUCCUCCGGCCGUCGUCUGGGCAGCCAAAGAGCUACUUCAAGUGCGGCAACCGAUGCAACUACACGACGGACGUGAGCGGUAUAGUCUGUCCUAACUGCUGCAACCGCAUGCAGGCUGCAACCAAUUUUGUCUCGCCAAGCUCCGGGCAGCAGGCGCAGAACGCCUCCACCGGUGGAGCGAAAGGGUUCGUGCAGGGCAUCGUGACGUACACGGUGCUGGACGACCUGACGGUGACGCCCAUGUCCACCAUCUCCGGUAUCACCCUGCUCAACACCUUCGAGGUGAAGGACCUCGGCGACCUGCAGGAGACGACCGUGCAGCUCGGCUACAACGAGGGUUUGGCGAUCCUGAAGGCCUCCCUGCAGUCCAAGACGGUGCUCACUGAUGUCUUCCUCCACGGCCAGGCUGCGUCGUCUGCGUCCCCGGGCGGUCGUGCUUGA